AUGAAAGAUUGCCAUCAUUCAUACUCACCUCCCCACCUCGAGAUGCGACCUUCGAACGCGUUUACCAUGCAUCUGGUCAAUGCCUCAGUCAGACAUGUUGUCAGGAUCCCAUUGGGUCAAAUGACCAAAGCGAGUGAAAUUCGCCUUCACGAAUCGUGGCCAGAUGGUUCGGCGACCUUCACGCCAAUGCUCGACCCCGCAUGGCACUGCUGGCUCGUCCGGAGCCGAGCGACGGGAGCGGUGGGAUCCUCUUCUGUCCUCGAUGCCCACCCGAACAGUCACCUCCAGAACUACGCCUAUCUUAGAGUCUCGAAUCAAGAGAACCAAAAUCCAAUUUUUGUUGCGGAUCUGACUGAAGCCGCUCCUGGGUUACGAGAGCACUCCCCAGCAGACAAAGUUUCCGCGAUCACCCAGGCCUUCAGCAUGAGUCUUGAUCCCCAGCCGCUUCUAACUCAAAUUAAACUACUAUUUAAUGCCAGAAAUUCAAGUCCAACCAACUGUCUGAAGCAUCAGGUUUAG